AAAAUAUUUGAAUGUUUACGAAAAGCAUAUAUUUAAACAUUAAAAUAAUAAAACAAAAUCUUCACAGAAAUUUUGCUAUUCUUGAAUUUGUAAUUCUAAACAUUCGUGUAAAGUGUCGAAAGCAUGUAAAUAUUUAACAUUUAUUAUUAAAAAACGAAGCCUUUAUCACAAUUUUCUGUUAUUCCUGAUUAUCGUUUUAUUUUAUUAUCUCGGAUUAUUCCUUUAAUUUUCUUCCACCUGUUACCAAAAGCACUCUAUAUAGAUAUCAUAAAAUUUAUCUUUAAAUUUAUUAAAUAUCAAAGAAUCACAUUGUUUAAACAAUUGUUUUGCUGCAGGAUUUUAAAGUAUGUGUAAUAUUGGUAGAAGAUAUUUUCAGCGUAUUAAUUUUCUUUCGCGCAUUCCAUAUAUAACCACUCUCCAUUACGUAGUGACGAGUUGAGAUGAAGAAGAUUGCGACAACUUACAUCUCACAGACGUAAUUAGAACAAGGCUAAGGGAUAGCGGUGAGCGAUUGUACCAACGGUAUGUAGGUAGCGGAUACGCCGAUUUCUAAAUAGAACGUUCGAAUCUCACGUGCUGCAUGCUGAACAUCAAGGACAUUUUUCAAACUUUGCACUCAAUUCGUUAUUAAAAAUGGAUUAAUAAUGUAUAAAAUGUUCUUACAUUUCAGUCAGUCUCUCUCGUUGGAAUUUUUACUCUCAAGGUAAACUCGUAUUAUCGAUAAUCAUUGAUCGCGCGAUCUCGCGAUCAUUAUAAAUAAUUCAAUGUUUUGUUUUGAUAAAACUAAAGAGAUAAACGUAAGAAAAAAUAGAGUUCUUGGAUGCCGAAUAUGCUUAAUUAAAUUUACGUAAACCUGAGAAAAUGUUACGAACGUGGGAAUCGAGCUGUAAGUGUAACACAAUACAGUUGGAAACAGGUUUACGCAAACAUAUUAUCUCACGUAAUUUACAUAUCUCGUAAAAUGUGCGGAUAUAUUUAUUCGUAAUAGCGUGAGGAAAGCAGAAUAAAUUGUUAAACAGUUAGAUUGUGAAGUUUCCGAUAAUGACAAAUUGCAGCUUACAUAUUUCGAUAAUAAUGUAUAAGUGUAAGGUGAAGCCAUUGCACACAAACAUUACUGCUAGAGUUCACCCAUUGCUCCAACCUGCAUUCCAGUGUUGCAUAUCCGUAUUAUGCAAUGCACAGAAGUCACAUCGGAGCAAGAAUCCGUUGGAAGGAUGCGCUCGACAAUAUAAACUGCGAACAGCAGAUGAGACGCAUAAACGAGAUCACUAUGAAUAUAAGCAGACAAGGGCAUUGGUGUCGACUACUGUUGGCAACCGUAAUUUUGUCGGGGCACAUUAAUGCGGAAAAGCAAAAGCGGCAGAUUUUUCGAGAGCAAGUGCUACCAGCAUUGGGUGGCAAGAUUCCAGAGGAAGCUUUCAGAACAGAUCGUUUGGCGCUGAAUCGAUUGAACAAGGAGGGUAUUACCGUGCCGGACGGCGUCGUCCUGGAUGCUCGGCACAUCCACAAGCAUCCUCAUCCUGAUCAAAGAAUACCAGAAAUAAUAAAGGUCUAUUUAACAUCGGAUGGUCGAUACGUGUCGCCGGAAGGUCGACCUCACUAUAAUUACCCGAAAACCGUCGACACAACUUACAUUAUACGAAAGCCAUUUAUGCACACAAAUCACAGAGCGCCAAACAAUUUCGAGAGCGUUAAACUUCAAGGCUAUCCAAAGCCACAGGUCUACUCAAAUUAUAGACAAUUUGUUCCGAUUGCACCGCCUGCCAAACCGGGUGUUUAUAAACCUAUUGUAACGCCUCUCGUACUUCCUAAUAGAAAUCUAUUUGAUUUAUCAAGCUGGACAGAAUACGAAUGGGACACCAUAUAUGAACCAUACGAUGAUUACUUCGCUAACAAUCUCGAAUUCUUUGAUUCGCAUCAGAUCAUUACAGAUUAUGAAGGAUUUCUCAAUGAAUUCCAUAGACGAUCCUUGAGACACGUUAGUGAGAAAAAUAACGACAGAAAUCAACAGCAUCAUCAUCAAAAGUAUCAGGAAUCAAAAUUAUCAUCAACGCCUUAUCAGAAAGCUACAUCAAAUGUUGCCAAUUCUCACGAUUCUACUUAUACAAGUCUCACGAAAAUACCGGAAACUAGUUUUUCUUGCCGUGGAAGAAAGGGAAUGUUCGCAGAUGUUGAAACCAAGUGCCAAGUAUUUCACAAUUGCUCAGAUUGGUCAAAAACAUCUUCACUGUGUCCGUCAGGAACAGCAUUUAGCGAGGCAAACAACCGCUGCGAAUGGUUUUAUACCGUACAAUGCAAAAAACACGGCCUCACAGCGGAAACUGGUCCAGUUUCGUUCAUAUUCAAACUCAGUGCGGUCAUGUCGGGAAAUCGUACUAUCCUUGGUAUACUUCUAUUCGCCGCUAUGGCAGCGCCCUAUUCGGCCGUAUUGCAGGAACGAAUAGUAGUGAGCGAUUAUUAUGACGAUUAUCAAAAUUUCCAACCGGUAGUGGGAUUUAAGCGACCUAUUGUCGUAAAAGAAGAACCGAAGAAAGGUCAAGAUUUCAGCAAGAUUCCCGGAAUCCCCGGAAUAGAUUAUCCUAUCUAUCACACAGUCCCGCCUACUAGUUUUUCCUGCGCACAUGUUCCAGUCGUACCGGGAAUGUACGCAAACGUGGAAACCGGUUGUCAGGCAUAUCACAUUUGCCAUGACGGACGAGAAGGGCAUCAGGGUGCUUCCUUUUUAUGCACCAAUGGAACACUUUUUAAUCAAAACGAAUUUGCGUGUGACUGGUGGUAUAAUGUUAAUUGUGCCGAUGCACCAGCCCUUUAUAGGGUAAAUGAAGACCCAUUAAAAAAUCCAUACGUACCAAAGGAGACAAAGGAUGCGAUUCGGAAAAGGUUACAAAUUGUCGUAUUUUAAAUAUAAUUAGCUGCGUAACUGAUUAACUCGAUACUACAAUGUUUCCAUACGCAUAUUUCUUAUAUGCCUUAUUUAUAACAUUCGUGUGUCUCUCGUCAAGGUUAGUAAUAAAACAAUAAAAUUAAUAUAUAAAUA